AUGUCCAACUAUGCAAAACUGAGAAAACUAGACGCGGAGACAUUGCAGAAGCUGACUGAGGGACCGGGGCCAGCUGACGAGUGUCUCUGCUCUUUGUUUGCUCCAGAGACAAAGAGGAGCUUCGCAGCAUCAGUUAAAAAGGCCUUUGGCUUUUCUAUGAAACGGAAGAAGGGGGAUGUCGGAGGGAGAGAGAUGGAUAUACCUUUCAAGUUCAGUGUGGGGGGAGCGGGGGCUUCCGGCCCGUCGAAAGAAGUAUUGAAACGACAUAAAUCUUGCGGUAAAUGCGGAUGUGACGACGAACACAUAGUUUUAAAACACUCAUACGCAAAUAUACGGAUCACUACACCGGACGUGACGUCUUUCUGCCCGUGCCCUACUAAUUGCUUGCCAGAUAAAGAUAAAAUUAAAAAUAAUAUAAAAGUGGUGGUCGAACGCGCUGAGCUGCAACCGCAUGCAUCAGCCAAUGUCGGCACUGAAGAAAUAAUUAAAGAUGACAUUAAUUCCGAAGAGCAAGAGUCUGUUUAAUAAAGGAAGAGAGGAAAAU